CCACCAGGGGCGCCGCCGCCGGCGCUCGCAGGCCGCGGAUGAAGAAGAAGACCCGGCGCCGCUCGACCCGGAGCGAGGAAUUGACCCGGAGCGAGGAGUUGACCCUGAGUGAGAAGGCGACGCGGAGCGAAGAGGCGACCCAGAGUGAGGAGGCGACUCGGAGCGAAGAGAUGAAUCGGAGCCAGGAGGUGACCCCAGACGAGGAGGCGACCCAGAGCGAGGAGGUGACCAGGGAGGAAAUGGCGGCACCUGGGCUCACCGUGACUGUCACCCACAGCAAUGAGAAGCACGACCUUCAUGUUACCCCGCAGCAGGGCAGCAGUGAACCAGUUGUCCAAGACCUGGCCCAGGUUGUUGAAGAGGCCAUAGGGGUUCCACAGUCUUUUCAGAAACUCAUAUUUAAGGGAAAAUCCCUGAAGGAAAUGGAAACACCAUUGUCAGCACUUGGAAUACAAGAUGGUUGCCGGGUCAUGUUAAUUGGAAAAAAGAACAGUCCAGAGGAAGAGGUUGAACUAAAGAAGUUGAAACAUUUGGAGAAGUCUGUGGAGAAGAUAGCUGACCAGCUGGAAGAGUUGAAUAAAGAGCUUACUGGAAUACAGCAGGGUUUUCUGCCCAAGGAUUUACAAGCUGAAGCUCUCUGCAAACUUGAUAGGAGAGUAAAAGCCACAAUAGAGCAGUUUAUGAAGAUCUUGGAGGAGAUUGACACACUGAUCCUGCCAGAAAAUUUCAAAGACAGUAGAUUGAAAAGGAAAGGCUUGGUAAAAAAGGUUCAGGCAUUCCUAGCUGAGUGUGACGCAGUGGAGCAGAACAUCUGCCAGGAGACAGAGCGACUGCAGUCUACAAACUUUGCCCUGGCCGAGUGAGGUGUGGCAGAAAGAGGCUGUGCCUUGAAGAAUGGCACCACCAGCUCUGCCGUCUCUGGAGCAGAAUUUACCUGAUUUCUUCAGGGCUGCUAGGGGCAACUGGCCAUUUGCCAGUUUUCCUACUCUCACCCGGUUCUCAAUGAAAAACAGUGUCUUUGUGAUUUUGAGUAAAGCUCCUGUCUGUUUUCUCC